CACACACACACCCUCCCUUUGUGCUCUGUUCUCCUAAAGGUGACCGGAGACUCUUGCGUCGUCUCCAAGUUUGAGGCAGACGGUUCUGAUGGAACCGCCCGGUGCUGCGCGCGGCUUCCAGCUCGAGCUCUGCAGGUGACUCUUCUCUGCGCUCUUCWUCCUCCGCAAACUCGUCUCGCCGCUGACGCUCGGAUGUUAGWGAGAAGUAAAGGACGCGCAUGCGUUGCAUUCUUCUUCUUCUUCUUGUUUUUCCUUUUUUUUUUUUUUGGUGGAAUAACAGCUCUGCAGCCUAAGUUGCACCCGUGAGGAGCUCGCGUGGCAGGAGGAGCGAUGCGGAUGAUCAUGUUGGACCGGAGGUGCUGCUGGUUCUGCAGCUGGUCCCUGCUGGUCUCUGUGGUCUGCGGCGCGCAAAGCGCAAACGAACCCAGCAACAUGUCGUAUGUGAAAGCCACCGUGGACAAGUUGCUGAAGGGUUAUGACAUCCGUCUGCGGCCUGAUUUUGGAGGAGCCCCCGUGGACGUGGGCAUGAGGAUAGACAUCGCCAGCAUCGACAUGGUGUCUGAAGUCAACAUGGACUACACCAUCACCAUGUACUUCCAGCAGUCCUGGAGGGACAAGCGUUUGUCCUACACYGGGAUUCCCCUCAACCUGACCCUGGACAACCGGGUGGCCGACCAGCUGUGGGUCCCAGACACCUACUUCAUUAACGACAAAAAAUCCUUCGUCCACGGUGUGACGGUGAAGAACCGCAUGAUUCGGCUGCACCCUGAUGGGACGGUUCUCUACGGGCUCAGGAUCACCACGACCGCCGCCUGCAUGAUGGACCUGCGCAGAUAUCCACUGGACGAGCAGAACUGCACCUUGGAAAUUGAAAGCUAUGGAUACACGACUGACGACAUCGAGUUCUACUGGCAGGGAGGGAGCAACUCCGGCUCCGUCACUGGGGUGGAGAACAUCGAGCUGCCCCAGUUCUCCAUCAUAGACUACCAGACCCUCUCCACGAAGGCGGUGUUUGCCACAGGUUCAUAUCCACGUCUGUCGCUGAGCUUCAAGCUCAAGAGGAACAUCGGAUAUUUCAUCCUGCAAACCUACAUGCCCUCCAUCCUGAUCACCAUCCUGUCCUGGGUCUCCUUCUGGAUUAACUACGACGCCUCGGCUGCCAGGGUCGCAUUAGGUAUAACCACUGUGCUGACCAUGACCACCAUCAACACCCACCUGAGAGAGACCCUACCCAAGAUCCCCUACGUCAAGGCCAUCGACAUUUACCUGAUGGGUUGCUUUGUCUUUGUGUUCCUGGCCCUGCUGGAGUACGCCUUCGUCAACUACAUCUUCUUCGGCCGUGGUCCUCACAUGCAGAAGAAGGCGGCAGAGAAGGCGGCCAAGUCCAACAAUGAGAACAGGAGCAGGCUGGAGUCCAACAAGGUGCAGGUCGACGCUCACGGUAACAUCCUCCUGACGAACCUGCCCACCGAGAUGGGAGGUCCAGAUAUGAUGGGAGCGCUCAGCGACCCACGCGCCACCAUGUUCUCCUACGACAGCGCCAGCAUCCAGUACCGUAAGCCCAUGACGAGCCGGGACCUAUACGGGCGACCGGCCCUGGACCGGCCCAUGGGGCACAAGAAGAACCGCUUACGGAGGAGGGCCUCGCAGCUCAAAGUCAAGAUCCCGGACCUCACAGACGUCAACGCCAUAGACAAGUGGUCCAGGGUCAUCUUCCCCAUCACCUUCACCUUCUUCAAUCUGGUCUACUGGCUUUAUUAUGUCCACUAGGGCGGCGGUAGUGAGCAUGUGUGGCAGAACCGAACCUCCGCAUUUUUUAUUUAUUUACUUUUUGUUAAGAAAAACUUGGUCCUGAACAGACACAAAAACGUGAAUGUUCAGUUCAUUUGUAAAAAUUCUCUUUUGGAACAACUAGUACUAGUCUUUACAGUGUACAUACAUUUUAAAAUAUGAUAGAUAUAUAUAUAAUAUAUAUGUAAUAUAUAAGACAGAGAUAUAAUUUAAUAAAAUAAAAUCUAUUGCUUUUGCUGUACACAUACAAAUAGAGAAAAAUGGUCAGAGUUGAAAAAGGUAUAAAUUCAGUAUUCAGUAAGUCCAGCUUGCCAAAUGAGACUAAUGUCUAACAUUUUAACUAACCUUAUACUAUUUUUUAUGUAAUUUCAUCAUUUCUGUUUGAAAAAAAACACAACUUUUAUUUGCUUUAGUUUCAAAAACCAGACUAAAAGAGGUCCAGUGCAAAAACUGAGUCAAAGAAACAGAUUAAACUUACUGACAAACAGGACAUUUGAUUUAAUUUCUAACAUAGUGAACAAAAGAUGGAGAAACUGACCAGAGUCAGCUUCCUUUCUGAAGCCAGCUAUGAUGGGAAAUGAGAGGAAACAACCGAAGUUGUGGAUUUCCUUCAGCUGCUGAUUGAAGCAGUUUUUUUUAAUAAUUAGAAAUGAUCACAUUACUGCAGCGUCUUCUUUGAAGCCUCACAAACUAGAGAUCUCCAACAGGUUUUAUUUCUUUUAAGUGAUUUAAAUCCCGCUGUAUGACAUGAAGUUGUGGAUAAACAGUCACAAUCUUAUUUUACAUUUAAUUCAAUUUAAGUUAGGGUUUGAUUUAUUUAUUAUUUUUCCAUCUUCUCACAGGUAUUAUAUUAGUAAAAAGGGCUUUUCCUGUUGGUAAAAAAAAAAGAAGAAGCAAAAGUUCAUGUUAUUUUUAGAAGCAGCUGGUUUUAUCCCAGAGAUGUGAACGUUUGCUGACAUUUUAGCCCCGUAUUUCAGGAGCCUCGGCGUGUUAAAUACCAGCCGAGUUACCGGCUCUGCUUUCUCAUUGAGCAGAUCAAUAGGUGGCUUCAGGAAGGACACGUCCUCUGUCAGCGUCUUGGAGGUUUGAUUUAUUGUCUUUCUGCUCCUUUAUUGUUUCUUGGUUCAAGCUCGGUGCUCCAGCUGGCUUUGUCUUUAUGAUGAUGAUGAUGAUGAUGAUGAUGAUGAUGAUGAUGAUGAUAUAAAACCCUUUGAUGCUGGAAACAUCUCAGACAGUUGGUCAUAAAAUACUACUUUUUAUGUUUAAAACAAAAGCAAAAUUCAGCCUUUUAUUUUGAAAUUCAAAGUCUUUGUUUCAGUUCUGUAACAAGGAGCAACCUGGACUCAUGAUUUAAUUUGUUUGGUUCAACCUAGCAGACAYCAGAAGGUAUAGAAGACAAGGAUGAAACAUUUUUAAGGCUUUUUGCAGCCAGAAACAAAUAUCCAGUAUAAACUCACGUUCAGAUUGUGGUCCUGAAGUCACUUUUAAGACACUUAGAGCACUUUCUCAAACUGAAAAAAGGACUGAAAAUCUGAUUUUUGUAGCUCAAUUUGAACUUCUAGUUUUCGUUAAACAAAUGCUUUUUGGCCACAGUUGAGUAAAUUCAUUGUGUGAUGUGAAGGGACAGAGUUCUAGACAUUUUGGUCAGACCUUGUAAAUGACUGUGUGUGAUCUCAUGCAACGUUGUGACAUCUUGAGGAUGACUCUCAGCUACUACCACAACAAAUUUGAGCUCAGUAUCUGUGAAAUUAGCCGAGUGUUAGCCACUGCUGUCGGCAACCAUCUUGAAUUAAGUUGACCCCUAGAUUACUUUUAAGUUUCAUUAAAUUAUGUCCACUUGUAGAUCAUUUUUAUACAAAAAUGAUAAAUAUAUAUUAUGUUUCGCCUCAUCGCUUCAUUAAAAAAGUGGCAUAACUAUAGCAGUUUUUUAAAAAGUUUUAAUUAUUAUCAUUCCUUGUAUGAAAAGCUUUGAAAACCUGACUCGUCCUUGAUGUUUUCAAGGUGUCUUCACGUUUUCUACCCUUUAAAGUAAUGAAGCUGAGCUCAUGUUUUCCCUGUAGGGCUUUAAAGCAAAAUAUCAAAAUCUAACCCAGACAGGACUCUGCAGUGAUGGUGUCAGCUGAAUAUUGUGCCUUUACAAUGAAUCUUAAAUCUUUUCACAGGGUCUAACUUCUACGCAGCCAGUAGAACCUCAAACAUCUUGUAUUUUUGUAGAAUAAGACGAUCAAGGACAGAACCAGACAUGAACUCACGGGGGUCUUUACGGAGGCUCGGAAACAACAUUAUGUAUUAUAGUGAGACAUUCCAGCAUUAUGACGACAAUCUCUCAGUGCUGAUCCAAAAUGUG